CUGAUAGAACAGACAUAUUGGUCUUUGGUCAAGAACUUAAACGACUUGUGUAACAGGUAUUUUCACGAUGUACAAAAUCACUUCGUCCGCGUCAAUCGCAGCCUCGACGAGGCAUUGGCCAAAAGCGCUAGCGUGUCGAAAAGCAAAGAACAGGAAUGCUUUGAGGCUCAAAAUGAACUAACGUCCGUCGGAACCUGUUUCGCACAUUCGUCCUUAGACUACAUUUAUCAGAUGAACCUAAUGCACGCGACAAAGAAAUACAAGAUCACCGAGGCUUUUCUGUCAUAUAUACGUGCGUGCGAAACUUACUUCCAUCAAGGCUAUGACCUAUUUGGAGACGAAUGGUCAAAGACUAAGGAUACGUUGAAUGACCAACUGACUCGAUUCAAGAACGAGGAGCGUCAAGUGGAAAAGAAAAUGCAAGACCGACAUGCUAUCGUUCCCAAGGAGAUAUUUGAGCACCCGCCUGGGAUGCCGCUUGAUCCUGAAAUAGUGGUUGAAGGAUAUCUCUUCAAGCGAUCUUCAAAAGCUAUUAAAACCUGGCAUAGGAGAUGGUUUAUGGUCAGGGACAACAAAUUCCUGUAUUGUCAUCGGGAAUCGUUCACAGUUAUGGAAUCUGACCUGCGUCUUUGCCUCGUUCGACCACUGCCCGCUAGCUUUGAUCGAAGGAAUUUACGAAUUUCGCUGCUCUUCUCAGACUCUGAAUCGCUCUGCCUCGGGUGGAUCAAAGCUUUGCAGCGAACGAUCGAAUCAGCUCUUCAUGACUGCUCCAUAUCUGAGGUAUCUGCAAGUUUGCCGCUUGAAAGGGAUCCACAAAAGAAUUGUUUCUCAAUAGUAACAGCUAAAGGGAAAACUGGCAAAGAAAACUGCAAUCCAAACUAUGCAAAUUCUUCAUCUUCUUCAUCUUCAUCUUCCAUCGCCGCUUCUCCUUUCGGGUCGCAGAGGCAGACGCGUCAGACAGCGCUUCCAACGUUCCCGAUCCUGUGCCAGAGUCUGAGCUUGGGCAAAAGACAAAUGCAUUCUGGAACAGACUCCUUCCAUAUGUUUGCACCAGGUUAA